UGGUAAGUACACAAAGUUGUUUUAAAUGAAAUUUCAGACAACUUGACGUUAUUGGCUGACCUCAAAACAUUUAUUAAAUGACCUCACGGGGGGUUCAAAGUCUAUCCCCGACUUUAGCGUCCAUCGCCGUGGUCAUUUUUCAGAUUUUUUUUACCAUGUUCAAAAUAUUUUUUGAUGGAAAUGAAUGGCUACAUUGCUUUGGAUGAUUGAUAAAAAUGUUAUUUGCAUUUCAAAUGACCCAUCGAUUUAGCCAGUCUAAGAUUGAAAACGGAGUGAAAUUAUAUCAUGUCUCACAUUCAAUAUCCAUCGCCGUGGUACAUUAUUUAUGUACAUGGAACUUUUCCAGAAACAUCUUCUAAUUCCAUAUUUUAAUCAUUUUCACAAUUUUUUCCUAUACAUUGGUGUUGUCCUCGCCGUGGGCAUUUUAUAGCCACGACGAGGACAAUGAAGGUGUAAAAAAUUUUAAAAUUAUGAUAUUAGGAAAUAUUUUCUGAUGAAUUAUCAUGUAGGCAUAUCCAAUGUAAGUAUUUUUUUUCUAUCAAGUCAAAAUAUCAGUUCUAACAGCAAAGAAAUGCACCACGGCGAUGGAAAUUUUUACACCGUGAUCCCAAGAUCUUUGAACCCCCUCCCGUGAGGGAUUAAUUAAGGCCAAUAUCUAAAAUGGGGUCAGGGGCAUGUACGUACCUAUACGUAUUUAUAAUUUGAAAAUUUUGAAAAAACUUGAAUUGAUAGAAAACGAUAACAAAACGAAAAACGACAACUUCGACACUAACAUAGUGUACUUGACUUUCCUACACUCAAGUCUGAUAAGAUUAAAAAUUGCUCAGCACUGCAGUAAAACCAUAUCUACCGACUCAUUGAAAAAGCUCACUCACGUGGGUAAAGUUCAGUGGGCGAUUCGAAAUACGGUCAAAAAUGAAAAUGAAAAUGAUUUGUUUUAUAGAAAAUUACAUUGUUUUUUGACAAGUAAACAUAGGUAAUCAUAUGUUGUAAAAAUGAGCACAGUACCAAGACAAGCAAUCCGGAAGCAAAUAAUUGUCUUACUUCCAGCUUUUAUGAAUGUAUUCAUGACUGGAUGUGCAUAAUGGUUGGCUUCCGAAUGCGAUAUACUUCAUAAUGGUUGAACAAGAAGUGCAAGCAACAGCCACUCAGUGCACUCUAAUCGUGUCAUCGUGUCUACUUGGAAGAAUGAUAUUUGCCAUACCAGCUGGAAUGCUAGCAGAUAAGUAUGGAAGGAAGAAAAUCAUUAUUGGCGUUGGUUUAUUGAAUUUUUUCACGUGGUUGGCCAUUUCAUUGGAUACAUCUUUAAUUAUAAUUUAUGUAGGAAGGUUCACUUCAGGAGUAGCAAUAGCGCUAGUCAACACCACAGCUUUAACAUCAAUAGGAGAAAUAGCAUCGCCUGAAAUUCGCGGUCAGUUGACCAGCUUAUACCAAAUUUUUUUGAACGUGGGAUCAAUAACAACUGCAGUCAUAAGUGUAAUAUUUGGCUCAUACAAAUCAUUGGCGUGGGGAAUAGCGUUUUUUUCAACAGUGAGUCUGCUUCCAAUGCUGUGGGUAUCAGAAACGCCAAGUUUUCUUAUCACAAUAUCUAAAUUAGAACAAGCUAAAAGUAAUCUUCAAAGUAUCAGACCUGGAUAUAGUGAACAUGAGGUGGAUGAAGAAUUUGAAAAAUUGAGAAAAUACAUCGAACUUGAACAAACUCGCAAAAGUCAAGUUAGUUGGGUGAAGUUUCUGAAAUCUAAAGAAAUCAGAAAACCAUUAUUUAUCGGAACGUUAUUGAAUCUGUUUUCACUUCUCACCGGAGGUGUGUUAAUUUCAACCUACGUAACUACUAUCUAUCCAUCCAACGAGUUCGUACCCAAAAAAUAUUACCCUUUGAUUAUUCAAGUGCUUCAUCUUUUGAUAGCUAUCAAUACCACAUUUUACAUUGAUAAAUUUUCACGUAGAGCAAUAUUUAUGGUAGGUGCUGCAAUAAUGGCUGUAAUCAAUGCAAUUUCUGCAUUUAUUAGUCACUUCGACUAUGAAAAUGAGCAAAUUUUUAAAUGGAUCUUUAUGAUGAGUAAUUUAUUAUUGAUAAUAUGUUUUGCUGCUUCGGUGCAACCGAUAAAUAGCGCCAUAAAAUCUGAAAUUUAUCCCCAAGUGGUGAAAGGAAUCUGUGGAUCAUUUUGCUGCCAUGAGUCAAGCAUUAGCUGUAACAAUUACAUUUCAGUUAUACAAUCUCAUCAAAACUCAUUUCCAUCUUUACUUGAUGUACAUAAUUUUAUCUGUCAAUUCGAUUGUGCUAUAUUUAGUCAUAUAUUUCCUCUUACCCGAAGGUCGUGGCAAAUUCCUUGCGGAUCUACAAGAGAAAUUCAAGGCAGAAUCAAAAUCAUUAAAUGUUCCUGACGUUGAAAAAAUUUUACAAAUCUAAUAUGGUUUACCUAGGUACUUUUAAACAACAGUGGCCCGAUUCGAAUCAUUUUUCCCCACCAGGUUGCACAUAUGGCAGCAGAUAUUUAGAUUGAGAAUAGGUAUUUAAUCAAUAAAAUUUAGCUAGGUAAAAAAGUCCUUCAACUUUCUAAAAAGAAAAAGACAGCAUUUUUGGUGAAAAACACCAAUUACACUGGGCAACGCGAAUUUGUGUUCCAGUUAAAAAUUGGCUUAAUUGAUACUUUGUACCCUCAAACAAAAAACAGAGUUGAGUUUAGUUUUUUGAUUUGAUCAAAGUUUUAUGGCCGUUUUUGCCCUACUUCAAGAGAUUGUAUAGCGACAUCAGUAUUGCUUUACGAAAAAAACCAAGAUCAUUUUCGGAUUCUACGCAGUUUUUUAAGUAAACUACUUUCCCCGAUUUUUGAUUUUUAAAAUUUCAAGCGCAUGCGGAAGAUUCUUAUUCGUAUGAUAUUUUAAAACUAAGAGCGCGCGACGCUGGCGUUACUCCACCACGUACUCGUGGCGUGGAACUGUCUUCACCCGAAGUUCAAAUUGAAUUUUUCGUAUUUAUAAAAAUUAGUCUUAUGCGCUUGAAAUUUCAAAAAUCAAAAAUCGGGGAAAGGAGUUUACCUAAAAAAGUGCGUAGAAUCCGAAAAUGGCCUUGGUUUUUUUCGCAAAACAAUACGGAUGUCGCUACGAACUCUUGAAGUAGGGCAAAAACGGCCAUUUUCGUAACAUUGACAGUCUCUCCUGAUCACAAAACCAACUCAAAUUGAAAAAACCCACUUUUUAUGGUCUAAGGUAUCGAUUAAUCCCAUUUUUAACCCAAGCACAAAAAAAAUUUCAAAGUCGUUGCUUAGUGUAGGUACCUAUCUAAUUGAAUUUAAGUGUAAUCCUUGUCAGAAAAAAAAUUAAAAAAUAAAAUAAUGCACUUAUACCUAAGGUACGGUACCACCUAUUUCAACUUGAGCUUCUCAACCUGAUUUUAACUUUAUCUGCUAUACCAAGCUUAUGAAAUCCACUUUAUAAAAAAUACCUGCUGAAUAUACUCAUUGAAUAAAGAUAGGUACAUUGCAGAGUUUUCAAAUUUCAAAUUAAGAUAUACGAUUUUCAACGAUCAAUUGCCUGUUUAAAAUCAUGUAAUUUACCUGCUGCCUAAAGUCUGAAGAUAAGAUUAAAAAAUCGUACAGUGCUGUAGGUACUAGGUACUAGGUAGUACUAAAACAACACACAUUGAAACAAUUCACUUAUGAAAGUAAAGUUAGUCAAGUAAUUCAAAAUGAAACCAAUAACGAAAAUUGAAGUAAGUAAUUUGUUCAUAGAGAAUGAUGUAAAUUUUUUCAAUGCGUCACCUAACAAAAUUCCUACACUAUUAAAAUGAGCACAGUACCAGGUGAAGCAAUCCGUAAGCAAAUCAUUGCCUUACUUCCAGUGUUCACGAAUGUAUUCAUGAUCGGAUGUGCAAAUGGUUGGCUUUCAAAUGCAAUAUACUUCAUAAUGGUUGAACAGGAAGUGCAUGCAACCUCCUCACAAUGCGCACUAAUCGCGUCAUUCAGUACGCUUGGAAGAAUGAUAUUUGCCAUACCAGCAGGAAUGCUAGCAGAUAAAUACGGAAGGAAGAAAAUUAUCAUAACCCUUGCCUUCUUGAAUUUGUUCACUUGGUUAGGGAUUUCAUUGGAUACAUCAUUGAUCACAAUUUAUGUGGGAAGAUUCGCCAUAGGAGUGGCCAUUGCCCUGGGCAACGCUACGGCUUUAACAUCAGUGGGAGAAAUAGCAUCUCCUGAAAUUCGUGGCAAGUUGUCUAGCAUAUACCAAAUUUUCAUGAACGUUGGAUCAAUAUUACCAGCAGUCAUAAGUGUAAUAUUUGGCUCAUACAAGUCACUGGCAUUUGGGAUCACAUUUUUUUCAAUCGUCAGUCUGCUUCCAAUGCUGUGGGUAUCAGAAACGCCAAGUUUUCUUAUCACGAUAUCUAAAUUAGAACAAGCUAAAAGCAAUUUUCAAUGUAUCAGACCUGGAUAUAGUGAACACGAGGUAGAUGAAGAAUUUGAAAAAUUGAGAAAAUACAUCGAACUUGAACAGGCUCGCAAGAGUCAAAGUUAGUUGGGUCAAGUUUCUCAAAUCUAAAGAAAUCAGAAAACCACUAAUAACUGGAAUAUUGCUGAAUUUUUUUUCCAUGCUCACUGGAGGAGUGUUAAUUGCAACCUACGUAACUACCAUAUACCCAUCCAAUGAAUUCGUGUCUAAAAAAUAUUACCCUCUCAUUACUCAAGUACUGUAUCUUUUAAUAGCUAUCAACACAACGUUUUAUAUUGAUAAAUUUCCACGUAGAACAAUAUUUAUGGUUGGUGCUGCAACGAUGGCAGUAUUAAAUGCGACUUGUGCAUUUAUCAGUCACUUCGACUACGAAAACGAACAAAUUUUUAAAUGGAUCUUUAUGAUGUGUAAUUUAUUACUGAUAUCGUGCUUUGGUGCUUCGGUCCAACCAAUAAACAGCGCUAUCAAAGCUGAACUUUAUCCUCAGGCGGUGAAAGGAUUUUGUGUAUCAUUUGGAGUCAUGAGCCACGCAUUAGCUACAACAGUCACUUUUCAGUUAUACAGUUUUAUUAAUACUCAUUUCCAUAUUUACUUGAUGUACAUAAUUUUGUCUGUCAAUUCGAUUGUGCUAUAUUUAGUCAUAUAUUUCCUCUUACCCGAAGGUCGUGGAAAAUUCCUUGCAGAUCUACAAGAAAAAUUCAAAGUAGAAUCAAAAUCACAAAACAUUUCCCAUGUUGAAAAAAAUGUACAUAUUUAAUACACUACAAUACCUACCUAUACCUAGUCAUUUUAAAUUGUGUAAGUUAUUCCAAAAUGAAUGUAUUUAGUAAUUAUACCAAAGUAUUAUGUU